AUGCAGAAGUUUAAAGACAAAAAAACAGAAGUUCUAAAAUGUGUAGUAGUCGGCGAUGGAGCUGUCGGGAAAACAUGUAUGCUUAUAAGCUACGCCAUGAACAAGUUCCCAACUGACCACGUACCGACUGUGUUCGACAAUUAUGCAGUAAAUACAACCAUAGAUGAAAACACGCAUGUACUUCAGCUAUUUGAUACAGCAGGUCAAGAAGAGUAUGACCGCCUCCGUAUUUUGAUGUAUCCGUUAACGGACGUAUUCCUGGUGUGCUUCUCAGUUAUGAGUUCAAUCUCUUUUGAGAAUAUAGAAGAAACUUGGGUGCCGGAAAUUAAGCACCACUGCCCAAACACGCCGUUCGUCCUCAUAGGUACACAGACCGACAGAAGAGUUGACUAUGUGACGGGUGUCUAUCAGGACAAACCCAUCACGUUUGAGCAAGGUGUCAAAGCAGCACAGUCAGUAGGUGCCGAGACGUAUGUUGAGUGUUCGGCUCUCACACAAGAGGGACUUAAACAUGUAUUCGAUGAAACUGUCCUGACGGUGUUGAAUUCGAGAAAGAAAAAACGAUAUCAUAGAAGAUUGAAAAUUGGUUGCAUCGACUUGAACUGUUUCAAAUAA